AUGUUCAUCUCGGCCACGUCGGUGUCCCUGGAGGCGGGUGGCGCCGGCGCCCAGGGGCCACCCGGACCCCCGCCGCCCCUGCUGCCCAAGCCCGGCAAGGAUAAUGUCCGAUUCCAGAAACUGCUGCGCAGGGCGGCCCGCAGGAGGACCGCGGCGCCAGGGCCGCCCGCCGCGCCCGCCGCCUUCCGCGCCUCGCUGUCCCCCGUGAGCGAGGCCAGCCACGACCCGCCGGAGACCGCAGCCCCGGCCCCCGCCGCGCCCCGCGCCCCGCACACGCCCGUGGUCCCGCAAGCCGCCUCACCCCCGCACAGGCCCGCGUUCUCCUUCCACCUCAGCCCGAGCGCAACCCCGGCAGCCCCCGCCCGAGAACCCGCCCGCGCCCCCAUCGGCUUUGCCUCUGUGCCAGCCCCCACCGCGGGAGGAACCCAUGUCACGCACGUGCACCUGCGGCUGGCCCCGUCCCCGCACACCGGGACCCCUGAGCCCCCCAGGAUGACCCCAGGAGGGGGCCCCAACGGCAGGGACCAAGACACAAGCCCUCCCAGGCCCCAGCCUCUGAUUCCAGUGGCUCACAUCCGUCCGCUGCCCACGGGGGUCCCAGCGGGCAGUCCCCAGCCCGAGGAGCCGCCUGUAGCAAGGCCGCCGUCCAGCUUCCAGGCCACAGUGCCCAGAGAAGGCGGCAGCAGGGUUGUGGUGCCCAUAGCCCCCACCUACCGCUCACCUUGCAGCCCGGCUAUGGCCCCCGAGGCUGUGGACACCCAGGAGGCCCCGGGGGCUGGCCCUGCCCCAGAAGCCACACGGGUGUCCAUGCCCCCCCGGGUCUCGCCCACUCCGGGCCCCCAACCGAGCCCUCUCCCCAGGAUUGCACCCAAGCCCCAGCUCAGCGGGUGGACGCGCCUGAAGAAGCAGCUGAUGGAAGAGACGGGGGAGCCCCGGUUUCCGGAGCCCGAGCCGGAGCCCAGCCUGGGACCCCCGCAGCAGGAGGCGCCCGCCCCGGCCGGCCCCCGGCCCCCAGCCUCCCGGGCCUCCCGGAUGUGGGACGCGGUGCUGUACCGCAUGUCCGUGGCCGAGUCCCGCAGCCACCCCGGGGGGCCCCUGUCCGGCCUCUCCCGCCUGCCCUUCCUGUGCAGGCCUCGAUUUGACGCCCGGAAGCUGCGGGAGGCGGCCCGACCCCCUCCCUCGCUCCACGCCAUCCCGGGGCUGCCCCGGCAACCCCUGAACUUCAACCGGACGGCUACCGGCUGGAAGCUCCCGUGAGGGGGCGAUGGCCGCCAGGGCCCAGGAUCAGGCGUGGACA